AUGGCGAGGACCAACAAAUACGAUGCCAUCAUCUGCAUAGGAGCCGUGGUGCGCGGGAGCACAACGCAUUAUGAGGCUGUGGCUGGAGCAGCCUACAGUGGCGUAUUGAGUGCAAACCUGGAUACAGGCGUUCCUGUUAUUUUUGGUGUGCUGACAUGUGAAACCAUGGAGCAGGCGAUGGACAGAGCGGGUGGCAAAUUAGGGAACAAGGGCUACGAGGCAGGGGUCACUGCGAUAGAGAUGGCCAAUCUAAUGAAGCAGCUUCAGCAGGAGGGGAAUGCACAGGGACCCUGGGGCAUUGCGGGAGUCGAAUCUUGA